GUCGGGGGGGGAGGGAGGAAAUCGUAUGCGGAUCUGUGCGCCUUCCUCCGCUGCACCGCCCUCUCCGUGCUCUGCCCCGGCGCGCUCUCCUCCCGUCCUCACCGUAUUCACAGCGGCAUUUUGACCGAAACAGCUCUUUUCGGGGGUGUUUCCCGUGAAGUAAUGCCCAGGCUGACGCGGGUGUGAGCCGGAGAAAGAGAGCUGAACAUGGCUUCGUUGCGGAUGGUCGGUAAAGUUACGCUGGGACUUCUGGGAGCGCUUCAUCCUCCUCACGCCGUUCUCAAAAAUCCUGCCCCGAUUGCACUUUUCCACCAGGUUCACCACAGAGGGAUCCUCCGGGGACAGCACCAGGCUUUCUUCUGCAGUGCAGCCUCGCCCUCCAGUGAUGUCUCUCUGAAAUAUAAACAUGACCGUCUGGUGCUGGAGGUGCCGCUGCCGUCCAGGAAUGAGAAGUGUGUGUUCUACUUGAGGCCCAUGUUGAUGAAUGCGGGCGACCUGAUCAAUGAUCUGCAGAAGGAGGACCCUGGAGUCACCGCCUCUGUGCUGUCCAAGGAUGGAGAGCGUGUUGCAAACAGUACACCCUUAGAAACUUUACUGGACAAGGACUUCAAGCUGGUCAUCAACGACAGUGUGCAUGAUGUCCAUUCUCCUGAGAAAGUGGCCAUUUCCAGUGAACAUGCUGUACAGAUGGAGGACAUGAAACACAUGGUCCAUUUGCUUCACACUGCCCUAAAUCUCCCAGACCAUCACAUGCUGAAAGAACGCGAGCUGCUGGAGAAACUAGAUUCACUCAAACAGGAGCUGUCCCCACUGGAGAAGAUGAAGGCGGAUUUGUCACGUAAAGCUGAGUUCCACUCUUCCAAAGCCCUGUGGACGGGGAUGGCUCUGCUCUCGGUGCAGGGAGGGGCUCUGGCCUGGCUCACCUGGUGGGUUUACUCCUGGGACGUCAUGGAGCCGGUCACGUAUUUUAUCACUUAUGCCACCAGUAUGGGGGCGUUCGCAUACUACGUCCUCACCAAACAGGAUUACUUGUAUACAGAGGCCAAGGACAGACAGUUUCUGAGAUACUUUUACAAAGGAGCUUCCAAGGCUAAAUUCAACGUAACAAAAUACAACAGUCUAAAAGAAGAACUGGCACAGGUGGAGGAAGAUCUGAGACGCCUGAGAUACCCAACUCAACUUCAGCUCCCAGUGGAACAGAUCCAAAUAAAGCCAUGAACAUGACACUGAAACAGCCAGCAGAAAGACUUACAUGACACAUUUUCAUCAUUUGACAUGUUUACAGUUCCUUCUAUUUGAUAAUGCAAAGAUCAUAACUCUACUUGUAUACUUGCCUGUAUCAUUUGAAAAUGUCUUGCAUAUGUUUGCUGCUACCACUAGGAAUAACAAAAGUUAUUAAAACUCUUUUUUGCUAUUCAAGGAAA